CCUCCCACGGUCUGUCGAGGGACGAAUUACCUGAAUAGGUGGUGGUUGACUACACCAUAGCCGCUUGUCCUGGCAUUAGAGUUGGUCCGGAAACCUGACAAAUACCGAGUCCCGAAAUGCGAAGCUUCCGGGAACCUCAUAAAGUCAUUCUGGGGAGCGGCUACUGGAAAUUAAGCUCCGGAAACAGUCUGUAUGAUCACUACAUACUUUACUAGCAAAGUUGGAGAAUUGUUGGUCUGCUUCAUUAUACCUUCAAAGCACGGAUGUGAGGGGGUUCCACGGUCGGCACCAGUCUGGAAACUGCCUUUCUGGGUCACGGAAACCCCCGGAUUGAUUUGGCCGGCGAUCCUGACCCGGUCACUUUCCGUACCGUUUUUGGGUCCUUUUUGGCUCCCGGAAUUCUGGAGGUUCCGUUGGAUGCCCACAGUUUCUCGGCCAGCUUUACCUGCAGUAGAUCAUGGCAUUGAACCUUCGUGCGAGUCUCGCAAGAGCAUGCACAUAUGGAACACCUUCAUUUUCCUGACUUCCGGGACUCGCUCCAGAGGUUAUUGGUCUUGCUUGAUGCUCAGGCCAUGUAAUGCCUUCAUCAAGUCAUGCAACGUCCCGCCGAAGGAGGCCAGCUCUUCACCAACGGUGAGCCUGCUCUGGUCCUCCUGCGCUUGUCCGAUAUCUUCAUCGGUUUCAAGGGGCUCGCCUUGUUGAAGGCGCCUCAAUAGCUGUAAAUCAGACAGCUCUUCUCCGGCAGAUUUGACUGGAGGGCAGGUCGGUGGUUCUUAUUCAUCCAUAGUUAUAAGCUUGUACUUCAAUUGUCAUCGGUGUCCACCAUGUGUGACGCGGAGGA